GAAAGGUACAACUUCCAUACUUCUAUGCCAAGUAUUGACUUUAACACUGUUCAAACUUAAACGUGUCUCCACAGCACUAUCUCUUUCUUGUUUGUCUCUUAAAAAUCUUUACACAAUCACAGAAAUAUCCAAAUAAUCUCCAUAGCAAUGGACCUUCAAGAAUCGAUCAGCAACCAAACAACCGUAUCCUUAACGUUAGCGAAACAUGUUUUUGCAACCGAGGUUAAAGGGGACAACAACAUGGUAUUUUCCCCUUUGUCGAUCCACGUAGUGUUGGGUCUAAUCGCAGCGGGUUCAAAUGGUCCGACCCGUGACCAGUUACUCGCUUUCCUCAAAUCCAAAUCUACUGAUGAACUCAACUCUCUUUCUUCUCAGCUUGUUGAUGUUGUCUUUGCUGAUGGCAGUCCCAGUGGUGGGCCUCGUCUUUCUGUUGCUAAUAGCGUUUGGGUUGAGCAGACUUUGCCUUUUAAGCCUUCUUUCAAACAGAUUGUGGACAAUGUUUAUAAGGCCACUUCUGUUUCUGUUGAUUUUCAGAAAAAGGUUAGAUUUGUAAACCCCGAUUUUAUCCAUUGCUUAGUUACUUCAGUAGAGUAGGGUUAUUUCAGUUUUCCCUGUUUUUUGGAGCUGAGAUUAUUAGGUGAAAUGGCUCUAUUAGGUACUUAUUUUUAUGUCUCGGUAGAUUCACGGUUUAAACAUUAUGAGUUAGGCAUGCCGCUGAACCGCUGACCAUUUGAGUUUUCGAAUUUAUAUUCGUACGUAUUUAGAAGAUAUGUUAACACGUAAACCGGAUCUGAGCCAGAGCUACUAGGC